UAUUUAAUCUCCCUUGCGAGUUAACGUGCAACACCUUUUGGCAGCAAAGUCUUAGCAAAGACCUUUCAAAAGUAUUAUUCGGCAUAUCUUAGCACUUGGAGUUAAAUUCAGGCGAUGCUUUCGUGCCGCAUGUGUUCUGGAGCGAAAGUUAGUUUUGGGGCUCGGGUUGGUUGCAAAGGUACUUACUGGAGCUAGUUCCGCCUUGCUCACUCCCCUGUGAUGGACAACAGCGACAAGUGUCAAAAGUAAGAAGGGUUCAAUCAAACAGAACAAAAACGCAAAAAUCACCAGCCUUUUGGAUAAAUACCACCUAGGCUGACCGAGUACGGGAAAAGGGACCACACUCACUGAACAAGCAUAUGAGAAAAAUUCCAUGAAAAUCAGACUACCUAAAGGAUCAUUUUGCUGCUGAGGUUUUCCCCAUUGGAACCAGAAGUCAAAGGAAAAACUUCAAGGUCGCUGUUUCUGGGGGAGCAUUUUAUUGAUAAUCAAUGACCUUCAGUCAAAGAGCUGCUGACUGCUGAGUUUGCACAGUGAUGGAAAAUCAUGAUGAUGAGGUUGACCUACAACAGAGCACAAAAGGAGGUGAGGAAGGCAGCUCUGGUGGAGGAACGCCUCCAGCUAAACGCAAAGGCAAGUUCUCCAAAAUGGGAAAUAUCUUCAAGCCCUGGAAAUGGAGGAAGAAGAAGCCAAGUGACAAGUUCACAGAAACAUCCAUAGUUUUGGAGAGGAAGAUUUCAGUUAGGAAAAGCCGCCAAGAGUUAAUAGCAAGAGGCGUUCUAAAGGACGACCCAGAGAACGAGAGUAACGAAGUGAACCACUCCAAAGCUCCACCAGUUAAAAAUGGUCACCCUGUGCCAAUGGAUGUGGACAGGGUCUCAGAAGCGGGGGUGCGAGUGUCUCGAGGGGAGUCGGACAUUAAGGUGAAUUCCAGGCUACCCCAACUAGAUGAACGUCGUAACAGAGUGCCGUCUGACGCUUCUCGAAGUAACCGGGCACCGCUGGAUGUGGACACUCAUGCACGGCUCGCUGUUGAUGUAGACAAACGAAGCCGUCUGCCAUCAGAUAUUGAUAAGAAAGGAGGAACUCUACCUCGAGGGUCUCAACAAGAUGAUAGAUACCGUAGAGAUGAGAGAAGAGACGGCAGAGAUGAAAAGAAGGACAGGGAAGAAAGAGAUAGGCGAGAGGAAAGAGAAAGGGAUGGUGGAGUUGACCGGAGAGAAGAUAGAGACUACAGAGAAAGGCGAGAAUGGAGGGAUGAAAGGACAGAUAGAGACAGAGAACGGCGGGACAGGGACGAGCGUGAGAGGCGGGACCGGGACGAGGACAAGAGGCGGGACCGGGACGAGGACAAGAGGCGGGACCGGGACGAGGACAAGAGGCGGGACCGGGACGAGGACAAGAGGCGGGAUCGCGACGAGGACAAACGGAGGGAUCGGGAGGACCUUGAAAGGAGGGAUCGGGAUGAGAGGGAGCGUCGAGUACGCGAAGAGAAGGACAGGAAAGACAGAGAUGAAAGAGAACGACGAGAGCGGGAUGAGAGGGACAAGAGGGAUAGGGACGACAGGGAAAGGAGAGACAGGGAUGAAAGAGAACGCCGCGAGCGGGAGGACAGAGAAAAUAGGAAGCGUGAUGAAAGAGAAAAAAGGGAUGACAGAGACAGGAGAGAAGAGAGGGAUCGGCGUCCCGAGAGAGACUGGCGAGAGAACAAAGAUGACAGGGACAGAGAAAACCACGAGAGGAAAGAUGCUCGAGUAGAGAGGGAGGACAAACGGGAUAACUGGGCCAAAAGAAAUGAGAGAGAGAGGCCAGGACCCCAGCGGUCUGUGGACAACUUUCAGCCUAUCAUCAGGCCUGCCUCUGAGAUUGACUUGAGGCCUCCUCUCCAGAAGAGCUCCUCAGAGGAAAGCAAGAAAGUUCGCCCUGCGUCAGAGUCUGACCGAAGGAGCACCCUGCCCAGAUACGCAGCCCCUGCAGAGUUCAGAGAACGAUCAGAGUCCGCUGGUGUCCGCUUCACCCCUGACACUCCUCCAACACAGGACUCACAGCAGUUGCCUCCCCCACCCAAACAAGCUUUGCUCCCCCCCAAGUUCCUCGCUAGUCCUAUCUAUGAGUCCACCAGGAGUCCGACCCCCUCCUCGUCUUCAUCCUCUUCGUCUUCCUCUUCCUCCUCCUCUGCUGCUGUACCUAUAGCCAAACCCCCAAGGACGGUGUCCCUAAUUGUAGAUGACGCUUCCCGACCUUCCCUCACUGCUGCUUCCUCAACUGACUCUGACACACCGCCCCCCAUUCCUCCCCAUGCCAAACAACCUCCUGUCCCCCCACCCAAACCCACCAACCGCAACAGCAACCCUGCACUGCUUGCAGAGCUUUCACAGGCCGGCUCUGGUGUAGGUGUUGUCCUGGCACCAACCAAACGCUCUCCGCCAACCCCACCAAAGAGGACAACCCCUGUCAUCAAGCACCUUUCUGUGGAUCCUUCUCCUCCCAGUCAGACCCCAGAGUCUCCCACCCGUGAGCCCUCCCCCGCCCCCAUUCUGGUGCCCCCUGCUGUCCUGAAAGGAAAUAACACAGAGGAGAAGACAAAUGGAGCAGUUCCUGAGACCUCCACUGAGCCUCUGCUUUUACCGCCCUCCCACAUACCUCCAUCUCCCCCCAGGGUUCAGUCGCUCCAGCCACCCAGCAUCCCCUCAACAGGUCCCAUCCCCACGACGCAAAUUAACCCCCCGAGCCCAACCACCGAGCCACCCAGCCAGCCUCCACUCCUCCCUCUACAUGUUCGCAUCUCUAGGGCUCUGGCCAGUCCCGGUCCACCUCAGCCAAACCCAGACAGUUCCCAGAGAGCCCACUCACUUCUGUUUGAGAUACCACCAGAGAUCCCCACAGAAGUGGGGGGUAACUCACGGCACUCUCUCCCCGUCACCAUCGAACCACUUAGGCUGCCAGAAGACGAUGACUUUGACAUUGAAGAGGAGAUGCGCAAACUUACCCCUAAGCCGUCCAACCAGCCGGAGCUGGAGCCGCGCAGCAGGAGAGGUUUGAUUGGAGACCCCAGAGUGUCCGUCAUCCCUGAGGGUGGAGGCCCUGGAGACAGCGAGGAGGAGUCGGACUCAGACGGCCCCAUCCUGUACAGAGAAGACGAAGAAAGUGAUGAAGACGAGGAAGGCCCUCCAAGUGGGCUGGCGAGUCGAGUGAAGAGGAAGGACACGCUGGCGCUGAAACUGGAGCGACAAGAGCGGGAGAAGGAGAAUCAGGAUAACAAUGAUGGCAUGAGCUGGAACAAUAAGGAGCAGUGGGAGGAACUGAGGAACAAGAUCGGGACCACACUGACACGGCGGCUGAGUCAGAGACCCACAGCAAAAGAGCUGGAGCAGAGGAACAUCCUUCCAGCCAAGAACGAAGUGGACCGACGGCUGGAGAGAAGCGAGAUCAAGCGGAGGCUCACCAGAAAGCUGUCUCAGAGACCCACAGUGGCCGAGCUUCAAGCCAGGAAGAUCCUGCGUUUCCAUGAGUACGUCGAAAGCACCCACGCUGAGGACUACGAUCGCAGAGCAGACAAGCCGUGGACGAAGCUAACACCUGCUGAUAAGGCUGCUAUCCGCAAGGAGCUCAACGAAUUCAAGAGUUCAGAGAUGGAGGUCCACGAAGAGAGCAGGAUCUAUACCCGGUUUCAUCGGCCUUAGUUCUCCGUGCCGACCAGUAUAGCACUUAAACUGGGGGGAACGAGGCGGUACAAACCCCCACCUCCCCCUUCUCACUGCGAACUGAAUAUGUGGUCCCCUUUGGUCCAUUUUAUGUAUGUAUAUCUUUUUUAAAAUCCAUGCCUGCUAACCUGCUGAAGACGGCGUCACUAAAUGGAACAAGGACUUAAGGAGCCACACAUCUGUUCACCCACAGUGAGGUCUAAGGCAGAUCUGACACUGUGGAAUUCAGGAAAGGAGGAGUUUGUCGGUGCAUCCAUGUUGGAGGCGCACGGUGCCAACACUAAAAAGGGCGAGCGCCACGUGCGAACAUCCCCAUUGUAUUGGGGACUCAGAGACUGACCUUGAAGGGGGUAAAUCUCUUCCUGAUGUCUUGCCUUCAUGAAUAUAUUCUCCCUUUCUUCCAGAACAGAAAGACUGUGCACACAAAGCAGUUCAUAUUAGCACUGUUGAUGGUACCACUAAACUGACUAGUUUAAAAACUGUUUAUUUGAGUGUACUCAAAGGUGCCACACAGCACCUGCCUUACUACUGAAAUCAUCAAACACCUAAAAUAAUGAAAGGCUCAGACAAAAUGUGAAAGACUUCUUUACAACUGAGUCGUCACUUUGUUUGAAUCAACAACAUACUGAUACUUACUGACAGUGACACAUAAUAUCCUAACGUGUGCAUUUUACUGUACUUUGCUGAUCAUGUAGUUGAUUCUCAUGGGACAUAUCCCUAGAUCAUUUUUUAAUAAGGCACCUUAUGUUCCUUAAUCAGGUAUAUAGAAAACUAUAAAGUUUUUGAACCUCUAAUUAAACUAUGUUUAUAACUGAAUUAUUCACAGCAUGAAAAUGUACAUAUUUUUAUUUUCCUGGCUGUUUUAUGGUACUUUGUAUAUGCCAUAGGUGGCUGCUAUUGUAUAGAUCAAUUGUGUAGAUUUGAUUUACUUUGUAUUGUAAACUACUGACAUGCAACACUGACAUGUUUUAAUUCUAAAGUAUUUCUCAGAUAUUAUCUCCUAGUAGUAAUGGUACUUUUUUUUUUUUUUUUUUUUUUUUAUACAGAGACUAUUAAACUGUUUUCCAACAACACUGAAUAACUG